AUGGCAGCCGCAUCUCAGAAGAUCGCGCUGAUUACCGGUGGAAACCAAGGCAUUGGAUAUGAAACAGCCAAGAACCUCCUGCGUACCUCUGCUACCUACCAUGUCAUUCUUGGCAGCCGUAAAUUAGCAAACGGAGAGGAAGCUGUGAAGGAGCUACAGGCCGAGACGGGUAUAAAGGGAACCGUGUCAACCAUUGAGCUCGAUGUUACUGAGGACAAGUCUGUCGACGCCGCCGCGGAGAAGGUGGCUGCAGACUAUGGCCGUCUAGAUAUCCUCGUCAACAAUGCCGGUAUAAUUUCGCUAGCGAACCCGCCUUCCCGAGAGGAAUACCGCAAGGUACUGAACACCAAUGUUGUUGGCUCUCUCAGUAUGACAGAGAGCUUCCUCAAUCUGCUGCGCAAAUCUAAAGAGCGCCGCCUGGUCUUCAUUUCGUCCAGCGUUGGCUCAGUCUCCCAGGCCGCUGACCCGUCCUCCAAGUACUACAGCGGCAAUGGCUUUGAGUACCGAUCUAGCAAGGCAGCCUUGAAUAUGCUCAUUGUGCUGUACUGGAACCGUCUGCAAAACGAAGGGUUCAAAGUCCAUGGUGCGGACCCCGGUCUCUGUGGGACCAACUUCACUGGUAACGCGCAGUCGUUACUCGAUCGUGGUGCUGCCACACCCGCUCAAGGUGGUGAACGUGUUGCAACCGUUAUCAAGGGAGAAAAGGAUGCUGAUGUUGGCCGGGUGUUGGGAGAGUAUGGGGUCUCUCCGUGGUAA